GUGCAUUUAAUUAUGGCUGAUUACUUUGAUGAACUUGGACACGAGCCGACUGGGCCGAAUGGACCUGAGGACUUCGCUAAACAUUUCAAGCGUCUUCAGGUUCUUGCUAUUAUGAAUGGCAUCGAUAUUGACAUCGAGGUUCCAGAGGCUUCUAAGAAGGCAAUUGCAAAUCUGCCAGUUCAUGAACUUUCCGAAGAUGAUCCCGAGAUGGAGUGUGCCGUUUGUAAGCAACCUGGCGAAAAGGGGGAAAAGUACAAGGUUCUCCCCUGCAAACAUGAAUUCCAUGAAGAAUGCAUUCUACUUUGGUUAAAGAAGGCGAACUCUUGCCCCAUGUGUCGUUUUGAACUUGAAACCGAUGAUCCUGACUACGAGGAGUUACGCAAGUUCCGUCAAAAGGAGCCUGAACGUCGUGAGAGACUAAAUGAUUUGAUGGAUUCAAUGUUUAGUUAAGCUGAUUGAAUUUUAAGAAAGAUAAGAACAUUAUUGUCUGAAUCUGAAAUCUGAAUUGGGUUAAAAGAAUUAAAUAAAUAAAAGAAGGGGAAAAGGAACAACUAUUUUGAGCUAAGGGAAUAUCUAAGCGAUCUACGAAAGUGAAUCAGGUGAAAAAUUAGAAAUCGCUUCGGUUUUCCCAAGGUUUAAAGUGUUCUAUUAUUUUUUGAUUUAACUGAAUAAAUGAUUUUAUUGAUCUAAAAAGUA